UGACCUUAGCUCAUUGGCACCACGGUUCAUAGGUGAAUCUCCGACAGAAGGCAAGGGGGAGUCACAUCUGUGUGUGUGUUUACUGGAUCUUAUGUCGGAAGCACAUUCCUUUCGGUUGUAAAUAAACACUGAGACCUGAAUUCAUUGGAUGUUGUAGGUAUUCAAGUUAAUGAGGGGGUAUAUAAUCCUUCUCAUUCAUGUGACGGACCAAUCGCUGCUAAGAGAACAGCCAAAAAAUCCGGACAGGCAUUCCUUAUUGUUCCUUACAUCAUACGUAUCCAAGGGCAAGGUGAUGUGGACUGACAACAUGUUCACAGUAGUGAAAGACACUUGAAGAUCAUGUGGACGUUUUUCUGGAUAUUUGGUUGAACUUUUACAAUGCUGAAAUAGUGUGCAAUUUUUGACAAAGUGGUACACUGGGAGCAUGGAGACCUUCCUUGAUUACAGUGGGAUCUUUCUUCUUCCAAAUAUUUCCAUUGAAAAUUUGACAGAUGUGGAUGGUUAUUAUUUUGAUGACGAUGGUGAUGUGCCUCCUGUUGACCUUUCACCUGAAACCAUCAUUGUUCCCGUACUGUACUUUCUUAUAGUCACUGGAGGAGUCAUUACAAAUUCCGCUGCUUUGACUUCUAUCUAUAGAAGAAGGAAUCUUUCAAGUGCAAGUGACACAUAUUUGGCUAGCCACUUCAUAGGAAACAUCGUAUUUUUAUCUGUUUUUGUCCCAUUCAUUGCUAUUGCAUAUGGAAUAACGGAUUGGGUAUUCGGAGGCUUUGCAUGUAAAUCUAUCAACUAUGGCAUGACAGUAUGCGUGGCAGCGGCCACCUUGUCUGUCACAGUGGCUUGUCUGCAUCACACCUUGGACUCCAGUACUGCUCACGGUGAUAAAACACUAAAGAGGAACGACCGCAUCACUAAGGGGAUAACAGUUUCAUUGUGGAUGUUGGCAUGUGUUGCCAUGGUUCCUCGUGUAUUUCUCUACAACGUGAUUAGUCUGUGGCACAUCGUGGACGAGCGUCGGUUCUGUUCCCGAAAGCUUGAACCCUUGAUCUACCGCCGCGUGGACACUACUGUCAUGUUCCUCGCCCUCUUCUGUGUGCCGCUAAUGGUCCAGUUUGUCUGUUACAUUCGUGUGUUGAGAGACCUUCGAAAGCAGGCGUUACGUGGACAAAACGUCGUUCAACGUCUAAAUGUUGCCAAAGUGUUGGCUGGGAUUUCAUCUGCCAUGUUGAUUGGUUGGCUUCCUACGCACAUCAUAAAUUUCUGCGAAGACUUUGCAGAUGGCAGAAUUGCCUUUCAGCAUAGAGAUGUAUUGGCUUACGGUUGCUCUUAUGUCUGCAUGUUAAUCACCCCCCUAUUGUAUUUGUAUGUUCAAAGACAUGGCCAAAACCAUGCUGUCUCGGAAGAAGACGACAUACUCGUUGUUGGAGAGUCGUGCUGCUCUAAAACUGACCUUAAGACGGAGGACGCUUUAAUGUCUGUUUGCAGUGAAUCCCCAGAACAGAAAACCACUCUGUUAUGAAACUUUAUUGCCGUUGAAAUGCCGGCAGACAUGCGUGCGCGACGUGAAUACGAUUACUGACUAGUUAAGGCUAUGAUUUAUGUCCCCUGCGUUGGAGUUGGACACAAAACUUCAAUGAUAAGCGUAUAGAGUUUUCUCGCACAACUACACUUCUUCGCCAGUGCUUUGAGAUAAGACUAAAAAGCCUCACACACGCCAUUAGGAACAGAUAUCAUUUCGCCAGCCAAGAAUGAUAAUCACUAGCUAAAUAUACCCCCAAUUACACCGUAAAUACUUCUUGCUGAUAAACCGAAUGUCUCCUACAGAUAAUAUAUGCCAACAGUUCAUGCACAGGCAAUAUUUAUUAUAAAAGAAGUACUUCGGGGCUUAUUUUCGUUUUAUAGUGUAAAUAUUAUAUAAACAUUGCCCUCAGCUGUCGGGUAUAAUGCAGGAAUAUGUGUUUCUUGAUAAUAUGACAAUGUAUCCCUUUGUUGAUAGUAAUCCCAUGUCUGUAUAUAGCUCCACAGUUUCAACUUGUGCAGUUGCAUCACCCAUAUAAUAAAUAUUGCAUAAUUUGUACAUGUUGUUGCUUGGAUGUAAUUUAUGUGUGAAUUUAUUUGGCGAAUGACGACGGCACUGAAGUCGAUUACAAAA